UGUCAAAGUUGUUAAUUGCCAUGAUGUGAAAUCCACCCUAACACCAAAUAAAAAAUAUUUUUUGACCAAAAUAUAUAUAUUAUAAAAUCAGGAAAAAGUUCAUUGGUUCUUUUAGUGUAGAUUUAACACUAAUGUCAAUCUCUAUAACGUUAUUUUUUAUACUGAUCGCUAGUUGUGCAAUAUUUUACCUAACAACAUGUCUACCAAUACAUGGAAAAGAUAGUGAGUUAAAUAACCAUAAUGAUAGAAGAUCUGAAAUUAUAAGAAGAAGAAAUAAACAGUUGUAUGGAUCCAGGUAUUUCAGACGACAAGGUGUCUCAACUCGUAUUAUACCUUUUUUUCCGUGGAAAGUGAAAAAUCCCGAACACUUAUGGACAGUCCGUACAACCAAGGCCACUUCUCGCAUAUACUACAACUUGACCCGAGAGCGAUGCGAUUAUAUGAGAUUCCGAUGUAUGAAGGCGUACAGGACAGGUGCGGUAUGCGCGCGCACCGUUGACUACAUAUAUUUUAGCUUCCGCGACUACUGCGCUUUGGACUUCCACAACUGUCUCUCCAGAUUGGACGCUAUAUGGUCUAUUGCCUACAUGGGAUAUUGCACGGCCCUCAAACUAGAGAAGGAACUCUAUGUUGAUAUGACCUACGACCAAAUGUCCAACAACUCAAAACUCACUCAAAUGUACAUAGCUGAUGCGGGGGACGAAACCGAAUUCGAAGCCUAUGCUACCUACUACACUUCCGAAGUCACUGAAUCCACAGCCCCUGCCCCCUUCGAAUAUCAAUACGUCAAUUUCUUCGACGAAGACGGUUCAACUAUGUUAGACGAUGAAGGAAAUGUUGUGACAGACAGGAUAAGAGUCACUAUAGUGUACUACAAUGUUACUGAUGAAAAUAAAAAUUUGGUCCUGGACGAACACGGAAUUCCCGUUACUGUUAGAAUAACUACUACUACUGAAGCUACUACUACUACUGCAAGUACUAAGAAGGCCGGUUAGCAAGAGCUACAGUCGUGUGUGGAAGAAAGCACGAAACUUGUCAUCUAUGAAAAAACAGUAGCCAGUGGAAACACGACGAGCUGUUAAUUCAAUUUCAAUUUUAUUUAUUUAAAGGGCCAACUGAGAGCAAUGGUUAAUGGUUUCCCUCUUUCCCCUUAAUUUUUAACCCACGACGCAAAAACGACGUGUUA